AUGGGCGGCCAAGUAUCCAAAAUGAUGGGAAGGAUAUUCGGCACGAAGGAAAUGCGUAUCCUGAUGCUGGGUUUGGAUGCUGCUGGAAAAACCACUAUUCUUUACAAAUUGAAACUCAGCAACCAGGACGUGACCACCAUCCCCACCGUUGGCUUUAACGUCGAGAGCGUCACCUAUAAGAAUGUCAAGUUCAAUGUCUGGGAUGUCGGUGGCCAGGACAAGAUCCGGCCUCUCUGGAGACACUACUACUCUGGCACACAAGGUUUAAUCUUUGUGGUUGACUCCAGCGACACUGCCCGCUUGGAGGAGGCUCGCUCGGAGCUGCACAAGAUCAUCAACGACCGUGAAAUGAAGGAUGCUCUCCUGUUGGUCUUUGCCAACAAGCAAGAUGUUCCCGGCCAUCUGAGCCCGGAGGAGGUUACCCAGCAGCUUCAGUUGACCAAGCUGAAGGACAAGCUGUGGUACGUUGCACCCAGUGUUGCAACAGACGGCACUGGUAUUUUCGAGGGCCUGGCCUGGCUCUCCAACAACGUCAAAACCCAGCCGCAGAAAUAA